AAUUUGUCAAGUCAAGAUUGCAUCAGUAUAUAAAGCUCGCGACAACAUUUCUGAAACUAAAACGACUUAGAAGUCAUUGCAAAGAGUUGGCCUUUAUUCAAAAGAAGUUUAUUGUGUACUGCAAGAAAGAUGAACUGUUUGACACUAUUGGUUCUGUCUGUGUGCGUUCUGUUUGCCGUUGAAGGACGCAGUACUUUCUACAAAGAAGAGUUUCCAACAAGAAUAAGAUCUCUCGAAGAACGAUUAUUACAAGAUGGAAUCGAUCAAACUCACAAAAGAGAGCGAAGAUCUGAAGAAAAAAAGGCAUACGUAUUUUUUGACAACAGAUCAGAACGAUCGGUCCAAUUACUGUGGCGGGAUAUAAACAAGCCAAACGAAGGAUGGCAAAUGUUUAAACGACUAAGACCAGGGUCCACUGUACGUGUAAACACGUUUGAAAACGAUGAAUGGAUGGCAGAGGAACUUGCAACUAAACGAUCAACAACAAUAAAUGAUGAAAACAUUCUUAGACCAAAAGCUAAUACAAGAAGUACAAGAACUGUUUGCAUCAUUAAACGUCCAGAUCAAAGCAAGGCGGACAUUGUCAUAAAAAAGUUCGUCGAGACCUUCGUUGUUGUUGAUAAGAGCGUGAGGAAUAUGUUUGAAAACAAUGAUGAAGUUGAAAGAUAUGUUAAAGUCUUGCUUGGCUUGGCCACACGUGUAUUUCAACAUAGCAGUGUAACUCGAUAUGAACUGAAAAUUAUUUUAGUUCCAUCCAAAAUAGUAUUUCUUGAGGAUGAAAUAAGGUUUGACAUAGCAAAUGAUGAGGGCAACCUGAAUAUCGCAUGUGGUCGCAUGAACAAUAUUGCCAGGAAUCAGAGAAAAAGAUAUGAUCACAAGUUAUUUUUAACAAGGAAUUCAUUUGGUGCAGCAGGUUUUGCGAGAAGAGGAGGAAUGUGCAGUCGAUCUAGCUGUUCAAUCAUAAAGGAUCACGGGUUUUCCUCAGCGAUGACCAUCGCUCACGAAGUAGCCCACUCGCUUGGUGCAUCACAUGUAUAUUUCAAUCAGUAUUCUCGCUACAUUAUGAGGCCGAGUAUAAAUUCCUGGAUCCAUAAUCACCGAUGGUCCUUGCAAAGUCAGAGUUCGCUUCUCUCAAACACAAGAAAUCACUAUUUCUGUCUUGAUAACCAACCCCAAAUCAGGGAACGAGGCGAUGAACUUUACCACCUUCCAGGAAAAUAUUUUUCUUUUGAAAAGCAAUGUGAUUUGGAGUAUAACAAGGCGUACACGGCUUGGAAGCCAACAAGAUGGCAGCGAAAAGACCCAUGUGAGGAGUUAAAAUGCAGGAUGCCAGGGAAAUAUGCCUAUCUUACGAAAACACCCAACUCCCCUGCCCUGGACGGAACAAAAUGCGGGGAGAACAAGUGGUGUAUGUCUGGCGAAUGUCACUGGAAAAAUUCAUCGUAAAAUCGCAGCUGUGAAGUGACCAAACUUAACAUUAAAUUAUAAAUAUAGCUAUAUCUUAUGAUUGUACAAAGAUUUUAUACAUAUAGUUUAUGUUUAUAGUAGAAUAGAUUCGUGCGUGUUUGUAAGAAAAUGUAUUUUGUUCUCAGUUCAUCAAUAAAUU